AUGGCCAUGGCGACUGAGAGGCUGGGGCAACGCGUGGAGGCCCUGGGAGACAUGCUCUCCGUGCUGGGCCGACUGACCGAUGAGGCAGGGACCCUGCUGGACGUGCUGGGCGGGUCGCUGGGCCAGCUGGGCGCGCUGACAGCGCCAAUCCACUCCCGCGCAACGGCGCUGACAGCGGCGCAGCGCAACGUGGCGGCCACCAAGGCCGAGGUCGACUCGCUGCUUGAUCACCUUGACACAGCCCGCCGCGUUGCGGGGCCCCUGGCUGCGGGUCCUGCAUCCGACCUGGCGGCCUUCAUGGAAGCCCUUGAGUCGCUGGAGCGCAGCGUCGCCUUCCUGCAGGGCCACGCCCGCCUAGCAGCCGUGCAGGCGGCACUCGGCCAUGCGCAGGCACUCUUCAACCGUGCCCUGGAGACUUGCCACGCUGACUUCACCAGGACGCUGGUCGAGGCUACGCGCGCCGCCAUGCCGCCGCCAGCUUGGGUGCAGCAGCACCUAGAUGAUGUCAUCACGGAGGCAACGCGUGAGCACCUGACGCGCUCCUUAGUUGCACCUGACGUGCUGCUCAAGCUCCAGCGCAUGGGUCAGGUCAUGCUUGACGCGGCCUACAGCCCUGUGCGCGACAGCUACGCAGCAGCAAGGGACCGCGGCCUGGAGGUCGCGCUGAGGGCGGUGGGGCAGGAGACGCCACCCCUGGCUUCGCUGCAGCUGCUGCAGCCAGACGCGCUGGAGCGCGUGAUCGCAGCCUGGACGCGCCGCCUACAAGCGCUUGUGCUGCUUUCACUCAGUGAGUACCGGCUUGCACGUGCGGUGUGGCCUGAAAAUGUGGGUGACGAGCUGUUCAGCCGGGUAGUGGGGCGCCACCUGCAGCAGCUGGCGCAGUCAGGGCGAGAUAUCAUUGAGGCGCGGAGAGUACCCGAAAAGCUUUUUGCACUGCUGGACAUGCACAGCCUCCUGCAGCAGGUGGUGCCGUCGCUCCUGGUGGUCUUGGCUGGCCCGCCACGCGGCGACGACGAGCACAGCGCCACUCAUGAGGAUGGGGGAGGUUGCAGCAGCUCUGGUGGUGGCGCCGUCGCCCAGCGUCAGCUGAGCCCGGCCUGCAUGGCGCUCCUGCGCGAGUUCUCUGCGCUGGUGGCGCUGGUGGCGCGCGCAGCGGCGGUGCUAUUUGGGGAGUACGAGGACGUUGUGGCGCGAGACGCCUCCAAAAUCCUGCCUCCGGACGGCACCAUACACCCACUCACCGCUCAGGUGCUCAGCUACCUCAAGCGACUGCUGACGUACGAGCGUGCAGCCGAGGUGCUGUUCGGCGGUGACGACGUCGGCAGCAUUCGCAGCAGUGGGGGCGGCAGCAACGCGGAGGGCUCCACAGCCGCGGCGCUUGCAGCUGCGGUGUCCCGCCUGAUGGCGCGCCUACUGGACAACCUGGAGUCAAAGUCGCGGCAAUAUCGUGGUGACGCAGCACUGGGGGCGCUGUUCAUGAUGAACAACGUGCACUAUGUGCAGUGGAGCGUGGAGGGCAGCGCGGCCGAGGCGCUGCUGGGCCGCGACUGGCUUGAGCGUCACAAGGACUUGGUGGAAGAUUGGGGGGCGCGCUACCAGGACCUCACCUGGGGGCCGCUGCUUGCGCUGCUGCAGGUUGACGCCCCCACUGACGUGGGCCGUUUGAAGCAGCACCUGAAAGACACAUUUUCAACCUUCAACGCUGGGUUGGAGCGCAUCUACGCCACUCAGAGCUGCUGGACAAUCCCUGACGCCAUGCUGCGCGACGCAGUCAAGCGUGUGGUCAAGAAUGACGUGAUGCAGCCCUACCAGGAGUUCCUGCGCAGGUAUGCGGACGUGCAGUUCACAACUACGCCUGCCAAGUAUAUUAAGUUCACAGCUGGGGACAUCCAGACCAUUGUCGAUGACGACCUCUUCUCUGGCAAGGUGCGCUGA